ACGCAGUCUACCGGCAAAGGUCACGCGAUGUUUACAUCUGCGUCCAUAAUUUGUGGCAAAAGAAACAAACCUAUCUAUCUAUUUACUGGCAGCCAUGAGAGAGUAGUCGCAUUUCUUUCUUCCUUUCUGUAUUAUUUUGGACCUAGCGGGCGAGGCUUCUGGUUAGGGUUAUGAGCUGCUGUCCGAAAUUUGUUCAAUUAGGGCAGGGCUAAUUGCUGAUUUGGAGUUGUCAGGGGGGCGGUAGGAUUUGAUGGCUCGAUUAUGUUUGGCAUUCGGGGAUCUGAUGGCAUCCAGGUUCUCGCAGUCGUCUGCCAAGGUUGUUUCGAGCCACUUGGAGGACUUUACCGAUCAAGAGGACAGGGAGACCGGGAGUAGCAACCAGAAUAGAAUUAGGGACAUUUCGGAGGCUGCUCACAGUAGUUAUGGGGGCAGUGCUGACAAUGCCUCCACUUCGAUGACGACGACAACCAGUAGGGCAUAUCUGCCACAGACUAUAGUGUUCUGCGAGCUUCGUCACGAUGGCAUUGAAGAAUGCGUGCCUUCUGGACAAUUGGAAAGGGGUCUGGUUUCCAAAUGGCGUCCAAAGGAUCGAAUGCAAACGGGAUGCGUUGCUCUUGUGUUGUGCUUAAACAUUAGUGUUGAUCCUCCUGAUGUAAUCAAGAUAUCACCUUGUGCUCGCAUGGAAUGCUGGAUUGAUCCAUUUUCAAUGGCCGCACAGAAAGCACUCGGAACAAUUGGGAGGACUUUGAACCAGCAAUAUGAGAGGUGGCAGCCUAAGGCCCGCUAUAAAAUCUCACUGGAUCCCACCGUUGAUGAAGUUAAAAAACUAUGCACAACAUGUCGUAAAAGUGCCAAGUCCGAAAGAGUUCUUUUUCAUUAUAAUGGACACGGUGUACCGAAGCCAACUGCAAACGGUGAAAUAUGGCUAUUUAAUAGGAGCUAUACACAAUAUAUCCCUUUGCCGGUCAGUGACCUGGAUUCAUGGUUGAGAACCCCAUCUAUAUAUGUUUUUGAUUGCUCUGCAGCUGGAAUGAUUGUUAAUGCCUUCAUAGAGCUUCAGGACUGGAAUGCUUCUACUUCUUCUGGGGCUUCGAGGGAUUGCAUUUUGCUUGCUGCAUGUGAAGCACAUGAAACUCUUCCUCAAAGUGCUGAAUUUCCUGCUGAUGUAUUUACUUCAUGCCUCACGACACCAAUUAAAAUGGCACUGCGAUGGUUUUGCAAUCAAUCUUUGUUGCGUGACUCACUUGAUUAUUCACUCAUAGAUAGAAUUCCCGGUCGACAGACUGACCGGAAAACACUUCUUGGGGAAUUGAACUGGAUUUUUAUGGCAGUGACACACACAAUUGCUUGGAAUGUUCUUCCCCAUGAUCUGUUUCAGAGAUUGUUCAGGCAAGAUCUAUUAGUUGCGAGUUUGUUUCGAAAUUUCUUACUUGCUGAAAGAAUUAUGCGCUCUACAAAUUGUUCCCCAAUUUCAUUCCCGUUGUUUCCACCAACUCAUCAGCAUCAUAUGUGGGAUGCAUGGGACAUGGCUGCUGAAAUUUGCCUCUCUCAGCUUCCAGCAUUAGUUGAGGAUCCCAAUGCCGAGUUUCAACCUAGUCCAUUUUUCACUGAGCAGUUGACAGCUUUUGAGGUUUGGCUGGAUCAUGGAUCCGAGCAUAAGAAACCUCCAGAACAGUUGCCUAUCGUGCUUCAGGUGUUACUUAGUCAAUGCCACCGGUUUCGUGCUUUGGUGCUUCUUGGAAGAUUUUUGGACAUGGGCCCCUGGGCUGUUGAUCUGGCAUUAUCUGUUGGUAUAUUUCCAUAUGUUUUAAAGCUAUUGCAAACAACCACUCCUGAACUUAGGCAAAUUCUUGUCUUUGUAUGGACAAAGAUUCUUGCACUUGAUAAGGUUGAUCUUGUAAAGGAUGGUGGGCAUACAUAUUUCACCAGAUUUCUUGAUAGUAUUGAUGCCUAUCCAGAACAGCGGGCUAUGGCUGCAUUUGUUUUAGCUGUCAUUGUGGAUGGUUACAGACGGGGUCAGGAAGCUUGUAUUGAAGCUGGCCUUUUGCAUGUCUGCUUAAGACAUCUUCAGGGGUCUGCAUCAAAUGAUACACAAACUGAACCUCUUUUUCUUCAGUGGUUGUGCCUAUGUCUUGGAAAACUAUGGGAAGAUUUCACUGAGGCACAAAUGAUUGCUAUACAGUCAGAUGCACCUGUGAUAUUUGCACCUUUACUUUCUGCACCCCAACCUGAGGUUCGAGGUGCUGUUGUGUUUGCACUAGGCACUUUGCUAGACAUUGGGUUUGGCACAUCCAAUGAUGGUGUUGGAGGAGAUGAAGAUAGUGACGUUGAUGAAAAAGUCAAGGCUGAAGUUAGUAUUCUUAAGAGCCUUAUGAGUGCUGUCUCUGACGGAAGUCCAUUGGUUAGAGCUGAGGUUGCCGUAGCUUUGGCGCGGUUUGCAUUUGGGCAUAAUAAGCACCUGAAGUCUGUUGCAGCCACAUAUUUGAAGCCUCAAAACAAUUCUGUGCUAACAUGUUUGCCUUCUUUUUCUGUCAAGAGUUCAGGCAGUGGAUAUACAACUCCAACACAUUAUGUGCCUCAUGGAAGUAUCUUUCCAACUCUGAGAGCUCCGUUGUUGAGAGUUGGAGGUGAAAACCAAUCUACCAUUCGGGAUGGGGGAGUCUCUAGUAGCAGCCCCCUUGCUGCACCAAGUAUUAUGCAUGGGUCUCCCUUGUCUGAUGAUUCAUCUCAACAUUCUGAUUCUGGCUUAUUAAAUGAUACCAUUAGCAAUGGCAUUUUGAACCAUACAAGACCACUAGAUAAUGCAUUGUAUUCUCAGUCUGUGUUAGUUAUGUGUACCCUGGCAAACGAUCCAUCACCACGCAUUGCGGGCCUUGGUCGGCAUGUUCUGUCCAUAAUUGGCAUUGAACAAGUGGUUGCCAAAUCUGUCAAGUCUACCAGUGAAUUUACUGCAGCUCCUAGCACUAGUUUUGCAGGACUGGCUCAAUCAUCUUCAUGGUUCGACGUGAAUGGAGGAGCCAGUCAUCUGCCUUUAACAUUCAGAACUCCUCCUGUUAGCCCCCCUCGUGCCAGUUACAUGACUGGACUACGAAGAGUUUGUUCGCUUGAGUUCAGACCACACUUGAUGAGCUCUCCAGACACUGGGUUGGCUGACCCACUUUUGGGUUCAGGUGGACCUUCUGGAACGUCUGAGUGCAGUUUCCUUCCACAAUCUACCAUAUACAAUUGGAGCUGUGGCUACUUCUCAAAGCCACUUCUUACUGCAGCGGAUGACGGUGAAGAGAUAAUCAGUAGAAGAGAAGAGAGGGAGAAGAUGGCCCUUGAUUUGAUCACAAAGUGCCAACACUCUAACUUCGGGUGUUCUAAAGUUUUUCUUCCGUUGUCAGCCGUGAGCAAGCUCCAUAACAAAAUUGCCAGCUGGGAUACAAGAUUUGAAACUGGUACAAAAAAUGCCAUCUUGCAGCCAUUCUUGCCAUUUGUAAUUGCUUCAGAUGAGAGUGAAAGAAUCUGGGUGUGGAAUUAUGAGGAGGCAACCCUGCUUAACAGCUUUGAUAAUCACAGCUACCCUGACAGUGGAAUCUCAAAGCUGUGCCUUGUGAAUGAGCUCGAUGAAAGUUUGCUUCUUGUUGCUUCAAGUGAUGGCAACAUUCGCAUUUGGAAGGAUUAUGCAUCAAGAGACCGACAAAAGUUGGUCACUGCAUUCUCAUCAAUUCAGGGUCACAGAGUGGGUAUAUGUAGUGUGAAUGCUGUGGUGGAUUGGCAGCAGCAAUCUGGUUGCCUGUCUGCCUCUCAGGUUCAUGGAAGUCAAUUUGCAGCUGGUUAUGUAGAUGGAUCUGUUCGGCUCUUUGAUAUCAGAUUGCCAGACAUGCUUGUUGCUACAACUCAACCACACACCCAGAGAGUAGAAAGAGUUGUGGGAAUUGGGUUUCAGCCUGGACUACAACCAGCCAAGAUUGUGAGUGCGUCUCAGGCUGGUGAUAUUCAAUUCCUUGACAUAAGGAACGUGAAGGUUGCAUACCUAACAAUUGACGCCCACCGGGGAUCACUGACGGCUUUGGCGGUUCAUCGGCAUGCUCCCCUCAUAGCCAGCGGCUCAGCGAAGCAACUCAUCAAGGUGUUCAACUUGGAGGGUGAACAAUUAGGCACCAUACGCUAUCUGUCUACCUUCAUGGCACAAAAGACUGGAUCUGUUAGGUGUCUUGCGUUCCACCCUUACCAAGUCCUCCUUGCAGCCAGUGCUGCAGAUUCUUGUGUGUCUCUCUAUGCCGAUGAGCUUUCUCCUCCAAGAUGAGGACACAAACCAUCACAAGUUCGGACACACUUUGAACAUAUUUAUGUGACAAUUAGGUCCCUUGCCCCAUUUGUGUAGGUUUAUCAUAUUCGUUGAGCCUCCAUGACACACUACGUGCCUACGUGAAUGUGAAGCUCAGGGGGUUAAUUGACGCUCGUCAUCCAGGUGGCUUAUCUAAUAAUAAUUUGAUGCAUAG